AUGGCUCUGCCAGCUGUUCUGGGAAUCACGUCUAGUAGUGACUCGGCCGUCGCGUCGCCGCAGACAGCUACCUCUGGCACUGACACCCAGCAGGUGGGAAAGAAAGCAGAGGACAGGCCCCGUCAUCGCAAGACGCGGACAGGAUGCUUCAACUGCAAGCGAAGACGCAUCAAGUGUAAAGAAGAGCGACCAGCAUGUCGCAAUUGCGUCAAGUCUGGAUACACGUGCGAGUACCCGGCGCAAACUCGCCUGUACAUAUCGCCUGACCAGGUCCCGCGUUUCACUAUGUUGGAUAUGCACUUCUUUCAACACUUUCUUCUGCAGUGUCGUCCAGUUUAUCCUCUCGGCAACGAGCAGGUCUGGAAACAUGACGUUCUCUGUCUAUCCCACCAUCACAACUUCCUCCUCUAUGCUGUCCUCGGCUUUGCCGCUGCGGACCUGGAAGCGAAUGGCGGGACGAACUCAAGCCUUUCUGUGCCCGCCAUGACGUAUCGCUGCAAAGCCAUACACCUUUUCCGAAAAGCCAUUGCAUCUUUUCAGGAACCGGAAAUGACCACCAAAGCCACAGUACCAACGGAAAGUAAGCAUCCGAAACCGAGAAAGUCUGCCAAAAUUGCGGGAGACCCCAAACCGCAGACCGAUUCUCAGCACUACGGCCAGUCCAUCAUGUCAUUUGACCAAGGCAGCGCGCUGGUAGCAUCGUGUUACCUGCUCAUGGGGCAGUCUCAGUACCUAGGGGACGGUAUACAGGACUUUAUGACGCUUACAAGAGGCUCUGCGUCUUUGCGGGCAGAAAUGAUACGGCUUGGGUUCCCGCCGCUGUUUCAGAACCUUGAGCCCAAGGAUUCCAUCGAAACGAUGCGCAAGCACUUGCAAGAAAUACCGGCCCUAGACAAGCCGUGGAUUGACUCUGGGGAGACGUCGCUGGAGAUGCUCAAGUUUAUCUGCGCCGAUGGCUUGCAGUUGGCCUACCUCGCCAACCUCGAGACUAUUUUGCUGUACUGCAAAACAGACACGUUCAAAGUGUACACGAGCGUCAUGGGCCAUUUCAUCUGGUGGCAGAGCCUGCCUUUUCAGGAGUUUCAGCGCAUCAUUGACAUGACGGACCAGGUCAACAUUUUGCUGGCUACGCAUUGGGUCGCCUUGAUGAUGGCCAUGUCAUUCUUGCGGAAAGCGUCCAUGAAAAUUAACGAGGAAUCCAAGAAAAAGCCGGAAAUUCAGGAGAAAGGAAGGGGAGGCGCGAGCUCGCAGGCGAAGGAAAAGGGCAAGUGUACAGAGCCUUGGUACUACUGGCUCGUAUGCAUGAAUCGCUGGAUCAAGGACGACUACCGAAAGUUUAAUACUUGGCCGCAGUGGGUGCAAGAUAGACUGGAUGAAAAUGCCAUGUACUUUUCUUCUUAG